GUCGAACUCGGAUGCGAGAAUUUUAGAGAGUGGGACACCACCCACAGACAGGUAUGAAUAUUGUCUAGAAUGUGAGAAAGCGCUUACAGAAUUCGGGUGGUGUCGAUUCUGUCAUACCAAGGAAUUAAAAAAUGAUUUUCCCAAUUGGACAAGUGAUAAUAAAGACCUUGAUAAAAUAAUUCAAAAAUCUCAGUUAGAUGCAACGGAAUUUGCGGAAUUUAUAGAGUGGAUUCAAUGGGAUCAAUUUAGCAUUUUUGAAUUUUUAGGAAAAGGCAAGUUUAGUACCGUCUACAGCGCUUACUGGAUAGAAGGUCCCAGACGGACAUUGGAUGGAGAGAUCUAUGUGAUAAGAGAUGGUCCCAUUAAGGUUGCCAUAAAAGUAAUCGAAAACUCGCGAAAUAUCAGCAAAGGGUACUUGAAUAGGAUUGCUAGGUACCUUAAGUGCAUUCAGAACCGCUCUCUCGCAGAAUUUUUUGGAGUGACACGAGAUGAGAGUGGAAACUAUGCGUUCGUAAUGAAAUUUUAUGAAAACGGGAGCCUCAAUCAAUAUCUUGACUACGCCAUGGGAAUAUUUUGUUGGAGAGACAUGGUCGACAUGCUUUACGGAAUAUCCAAAGGGUUGGAUCAGAUCCACAAAUAUGGUCUUUAUCACGGAAAUCUUCAUUGCGGAAAUCUGUUGGUCGAAAAUGAGCCGGGAUCCAUUGACAUACGAAUUUCUGAUGUGGGUCUUCAUUGUCCCGCAGAAGAAUCGACGACCGCAAUUUACGGAGUGCUGCCAUACGUUGCGCCGGAAAUAUUGAGAGGCGAACCAUACACCCAGGCAGCCGACGUUUAUAGUUUCGGAAUCAUCAUGUGGACACUACCGGCCGGUGUUAGACCAUUUUGUGAUAGGGCUCAUGAUGUGAAACUAGCACAAAGUAUUUGUGACGGUCUUUGCCCUGAGGUAGUCGAUGGUACUCCGGAGGUUUACGCUGAGUUGAUGUCUAGAUGUUUGGAUCGUGAUCCCACGAAUCGUCCGAAUGUCUCCGAAAUAUGUGAUAUAUUGGAAAGAUGGAUCAUCGCGAUAUGUGAUGAUCCGAAUCCGUCUUCACUUUCCGAUCAAUUUGACGCAGCCGAGGAAAAAAAGUUUGCGGAGUUUGAAAGUAAGGCAUUCACUCGACCGGAAAUUCAUCCGCAGGCGAGUUACAUCAGUCAACCGUUGGAUUUUCCAGAGUUACGAACUCAACGAAACCCACAACAUCAGCAUGCAUUGGGUGUUUAA